AGGGCGCCUCAACAUAACGUCCAGGGUUACCUGAGGUAUAUCCGACAGAACAGGAUCUUCUGGGCGCUCUCUCCGUAUCUAAGGGGUUAAGUUGCUCGUAACGUUCAUUUCAAUGUACUAUCAUCGGACCACGUUCAGCAAAAUUAUAAUGAAAGUGAUGGAUUUUCUAGUGUUGCCGUGAACACCGUAAAAGGGCGUGACAGCGGCACAACAACAACAACAACAUCAUCAUCACUACUACCACCACAACAACAACAACGGCUCUGUUUCCUGUUUAACGAGGAAUCGCUUUAUCAGCAGGCUUUAUUAUGUUUGAAGGAGAAGUGUUUCAUGAGAAGCAACGACUGGAGCUGUGCGCGAUUCAUGCACUCAACAACGUGCUCCAGGAGCGGGUGUUCACUAAGGAGACAGCCGACGACCUCUGCAAACGGCUGGCCCCACAGUGUGUAGUUAACCCUCAUCGGUCGGUGUUGGGCACGGGAAACUAUGACGUCAACGUCAUAAUGGCAGCACUACAGAGCAGGGAACUGGCUGCAGUGUGGUGGGACAAACGCAGGACGGUACAGAGCCUUUGCAUGUCAAAGGUCCAGGGCUUUAUUCUUAAUGUCCCAUCACGAGUAUCACUUGGGAUUGUGUCCCUCCCACUCCGACGGCGGCACUGGCUCGCGGUUCGGCAAGUUAAUGGACAGUACUACAACCUGGACUCCAAACUGAAGAGUCCUGUUUGCAUUGGAGGAGAAGCAGAACUAUGCUCAUUUCUCAGUGAACAGCUUUCUCAGGAUGUGGCAGAGAUGCUCCUGGUUGUCCGGCAGGAGGUGGAGGAGGAUGGUUCAUGGCUGAGCUCUGACAACCCUCAGAAGCUGAAGAAGGCAGUCAGUGGCUCUGGAUGAAAAGAAAAGACUGCAUGUGGGCCUCCAGGUGAGUGAAUGGCAUGUAGGGGGUGAACCCAGGACACUGGAACUCACCGCUGAACCCUCUGGAGGUGUCAUCAGUGAAACACUUGUUAUUGCCAUCACUCGCUCAGCCCUCACGCAGAGUCUAAGCAGCAUGUGUCGGGCACAAUUAAGGGAUAUUAACACCUAGUCUACAUAACAGACUGGUGAUCCAGUUGCCAGAAAUAGAACACGUCCAAGAUGGAAAAGUCAACAUUUAUCUGUUAUUAAGCAGCACCUGAGCGCACCAUCUCUUCCAAAAACCCUUGCUGUAAACCUGAUAUGCACUAAGGAGUUAGAUUUGUUAGUAGUGUUUGUUUUGUGUGUUUAUACAGGCGCACAUACUGUGAAAGUAUCACCUGGUGAGGACUCUACCAGUGUCUUUGCAUGUUUGCAUCAAUUUACUACAAAUUACUUCUUGGACAACUGUGCAGAUUCUCAGUCAUCCAGGUCAUAGUAAACUGAAAAAAAUCAACUGGACUUAGAUUUCUGGGUCAAAGACGUUUCACCUCUCAUCCAAGAGGCUUCAUCAGUUCUGGACAUUUUUCAUACCGCAGUUUCUUAAGAGUUUGGAAUGUGUUUUCAGUUCAUUAAGCUUUAGUUGAGAUUUGAAACAUGGUUGUGUCCAUCACAUUGAAAAUCUCAUCUCUUUAUUUUUGUCCAAGUCAUGUUGUUGUGUGAUAACACAGUUGAAUCCACACAGUAAUGAGGCUGACAAAAAUAAAAGCACGCACCAGGUUUAUUGUGAUGGAUUUACCAAUUGCAACCAGGUACCAAGGCUCUUCGAG